AUUCCUUUACAUUAGUGGUAUAGUUCAGUUAAAAGUGUAAAGAUGAGUGAAAUUUAUUUUAAAAGGCUUAAUGUUGCUUUUAUUGUAUCUUUAGCGCUUCUAUGCACUGCUGAGAUUUUGUAUUCCUGCUGUAUAUUGUACACGUACUUAUUGACCAUAGAUUUUAAAAUAUUAAUUCAUUCAUUAUCAUUUAUACCCGCUGUGGUUUUACUUCUUUUAUCUGUACUAACUUUGAUUCUUAUUAUUUUUGGAUGUUUUGGAAUACUUUCGGAAGUAAUAUGCUGUGUAGAAUGUUAUGGAACAAUCAUGUUGAUGAUUGCGUUAUUCCAAGUGGGAUGCGGGGUGGCCUCCCUUUACGUCUAUAACAUGACAAACCGAUACGUAAAUGAUGAUAUUACUAAGAACGUCGAAGGUGCUUUUCUAUUUAGUAGUUCCCACAUGUCGACCAUUGAAACUAUGUUUCACUGUUGUGGAAGUUCUGGACCGCAACGAUACCCCAAUGUUAAUUUACCGCUGAGCUGCUGCGAUAUAACACGUGUGGAAACAAUCACCAACUGCACGAUAGCAUCUAAUAGUUACAGAAAAGGGUGUAAUUUGGCGCAGUUUGAAUAUGUUAUCGGCUCUAACACAAUAUUAAGUUACAUCAAUAUUGCACAUGGAUCUCUUGAGAUUAUUGUCGGCAUAGCCACUUGCGUUUUAUCCUGCUGUUACUUAAGGAAAUAUCGAAGUUACGACCCAUAACAGAAGAAUGCAGCAGUUUCCUGCUCGUAUAUCACAUACGCCUUCCAUAAUUUAUUAUAUUAGUAAUAACUUGUUAUUUCAAAUAUUAAUCACGUGAUGUACAAUACUAUAAAUUAUUCUUAAAUAUACAUAUUUACAUACCUA